AACCUCGGGGAGCCCCCUCACAUUAGCCGCCCCGAGCUUAACGCAUUCCAGUGGCCACAUCAAUAUUCAUGGCGGGAUAUCUCGCUAGGUCUCCUCCUCGUACCUUUUCUUUACCAAGGCUUGUUUCAUGGGCCCCGCUUCACGGCGAAGCACUACUUUGGGAGAAGUGAGCGCGGGAAAGAGGCAGGGUCGGCGUCCUCCUCUGAGGCGCUGAGGGCGCGCUUCUCGCCGGCGAGGGCGGUGCCGAAAGCGGACGCCGCUGCGAAGACCGGCGCGCCUCUGCCUGGCGGGGCUCCGGGGAGAGCCUGGAAGCCGCGUCCCGCCUUGUCGCCUCGCGCGUACUUCCCUCACAGUAAUGCGAUAUGGCAACCUGCUUGCACCUUUACAAGAAGAGUACACUUCCUCCACUUCUGGAUAGGUACCUCCCAGUUAAUUCUAGGAAUCAGAAUGGUCCGAACCUGCAAAUGAUAGAAACAGACAGUAAAAGGAGGCCAAGAAACAACAAACAUGUUUUAAGUGAUGAAGAUAAAGAUGAGCUCAUCCAGCGGUCUCUGCAAGAAAAGCGUUAUCUUGAAACCUAUGAGAACAUGUAUAAGCUGAAAAAUUUAUUGAGUAAACGCUACAGGACGUUGUUGAAUGAGAAAGUUAGAAAGCAACGAAUUCAGAUCAAGAUGUCUGAUCUCAGAGGCCAACAACUUCUUAAACACAAAACAAAAAAGUGUAUCUCCAGUCCCAGAGUGCCCCUCUGCAGUUUGUCUCAUGAUACAAAAUACCUGGAGUCCAUGCCACACUCAAAAAGUUACCUGAUUAUAGGAUUGCAGAAUGAAUUAACUAAACUUGGAAUCUUAAAGAACCAACAAGACAAUGAAAACUUUUGGAAACUCAUCCAGGCAGGCAUUCAUGGUUCAGAGUUCAAAGAAAAGCUUCCAGAUAUAAAGGCAAAAAUGUUAGCUACAAAGUCUUUGCCUCUGUCAACUUCAGCAAGAACCAGUCCAGUCCAGCCCGUUGAUGGCUUUAAAAACAGUAGCAGCCUGAAAAAAAGUACAGAUUCUUUGCUGCCGUCUGUUGACACCUCCGAGUCUCCAGCUUUUAAUGAGAGAAAACAGUUGCUGCUUUCUUGGCUUUCUGAAGUGCAGAAAAGACUUGGAGAGCCAUCUAGGACUCAGCAGGAGGAUACUCAGCAUCCUCCUAAAGGUGUAAUCAGGCUUCCUAAUCAGAAGAAAACAUGCAAACAAAAUCGGAAAUAUGAACAGCAACUUCACUCAUUGCACCAUAUAUAUUAUUUUUCUCUUCUUAACAUGGCAUUAUCCAGGAGGCUCCUAGAACAAAACGGACAGUUUACAGAUGUCAGAACACAGCAGAGUGUGCAUGAUCUGAUGAAUUAUUUGUAUCCAAAUUUCUAUCAACGAUCUGGAACAAAUCAGAGCAACAGCUUAAUAGAGGAAAACUUGGUUCCACCUUUAGUAAGUGGAAACCUGCAAGAAAUGCAUUGCAAGGACUCCACCAAAAUAUUAAGAAUUUCAAAAGAAAACAAAAAGAUGUUGAAGCAACAUAAAGAUAGAAGUGAUCUUGAAAUUUUCCCUGAUAGAGUUGAAACUCAGAACAUCUCUACCUUGCCCAGCCUGAAAUGGUUCCUGUGCCUUUAACUCUGGGAGAUGUUGCUCUCUAUGCUCAAGUUGUGUCAAUUAGGCCUCAUAUCUGAGAGGUAAAAAAUAUUUUUUUGUGAAGUACAACAUGCUUUUUCCAGCCAUUUAUAUAGAGGAUCAGUACUACAAGUGUUGGCAUUGUGAGCUGUUGCUCAAGCUUAUAUUACUGUUCAUGCCCAUAUGCUAUUUUCUUGGUUGUUAAAUUGAUCAUACAAUAAGGUGUAUAUUUAUCAAUAUACAGCUGAACUGUAUAUUGUUGCUUUUUAGGAAACCACACCAUUAAACACAUAUUGGACAAAUUAUGUCGACAGUGACUCCAUCAUCAACAGUGAAAAACAGUAACUACAAGUGGGAUCUUUUGAAAAUGAUCUGCUCUGUAGAUUAUUGUGAUUAGUGUUGAGAUUGGUGUGUGUGUAAGUGUUCCCCUACCAUCCCUUUCUUUACUUAAAAGUUGAGAACAUUUUUGAAAAGAUAACUAUAUAACUUUUAUUAAUGCAUAGGGUUCUUUUUUUCUUUGUUGAAAUAUUGGGCAUUGCAAUGUAUUUCCCCCCAAAAUGUGAUUUAUUGUUAUGCAUUUAUUCUCUCUCUCUCUCAUAACUCCAUAUGCAAGUCUUGUUUUAAUUCCUAAAAACCCCCACAACCCUUUGCAUCCUUUCCAUUGUGUUGCUUAAAUCUGUAGGGGCAUCAGUUGUGAUAAAUACUUUUUUUAAAUAAAUAAACAACAACACUUUUAAA